CACUGAGCCUUCAAGGCGGAAUUGGCGCCUCUCCGAUUGCCUUAAUGCAAAGAGAGGCCCUUACUCGACGUCAUUAACCGACGUUUAUCUCGCGGACGGCGAUCCGAUCCGCUUAUCCCUGUUUCAACCCCAGAAGCAAGGCUCGGACGCCAUCUAUCUCUAGAGCAGCGUUACACUUGAUCCCCCCAUUCUGUGUUUCAAGCUCACCGGCAGUCAUGAAAUCGGUCCUUAUCGUUGGGGCAGGGCCAGCCGGGCUUGUGACCGCCAAGACCCUGUUACAAAGCGCACCCGGCAAGUUCACAGUCACGGUUUUCGAGUCUGCAGAACGUGUUGGUGGCAUGUGGAGGGCCAGGAGAGGUGAAGAGGGUGCAAAGUGCAGUCCAGAUAUGAGAACCAACUUGAGCAGAUUUACGGUGGCCUUCUCAGAUCUCUCUUGGAACUCCGUCAAUCUCACAGAUGCCCAGGAUGGACAGCAGUCUAGUGCUCCUCCGCCAAUGUUUCCAUACGCUUGGCAAGUUGGGAGAUAUCUUCAGGAAUACGCUAGAAAGUUCAUUCCCAACGCCAUCAUUAAUUGCAAUCGAGCUGUCACCAAGGCAGAACUUGUUGCAGGGACCCGGAGGUGGAGCGUUUCCUCAAUCGAUAAGACCUCUCAGAAAACUAGAAACGACGAAUUCGACUACCUGCUCGUGGCCAGUGGGUUUUACGAUCGACCUGAAAUCCCGGCAGCUUAUUCCGCCUCAACCUCUACUGCAGCUACAAAAGUCCUUCAUUCGUCGGAGUUCCGUGAUGUUUCGUCGUUGACCAACAAGCCCGGCAAUAUUGUGGUCAUUGGAGGCGGAAUCAGUGGCUCAGAAGCUGCAGCAACUGCCGCUUUCCAAAUUUCGGAUGCAAAAUAUGCCCCGGGUCAGCCCAAGCCUGCUUGGUCAGAGUGCAAAGUCUACCAUGUCCUCAACCGUCCUUUCUACUGUCUACCCCGAUACCUACCUCAAGAUCCAUACGAACCGUCCGUUCAAAACUUCAAACUGGCCCCGAAGUUUCUCCCGAUAGACAUUGUGUUGUACAAUCUGAGUAGGAGGGGUGAAGGUCCGAUAUCUGCACCUCUUGGCCGUGUUCCACCAGAGAACGCAAGGAAGGGCCACAGUUACCUUAGAUCGAUAGUAGGGGGCGAUCAGCGAGACGUUGGAUAUCCCGAACUUGUACACAAACCAGAGGAGAUGCAAUUUCCCGCUUUCAAUGGUAUCACCGAUACUUAUACUGAGUUUGCAAGGAGUGGCCUAAUUGUUCCUGUUCGAGGCCGCGGUACGAUCGUUCAGGAUGGAGGGCGUAGUGGGACCGCCCGAGUGGAGGUUCGUUCAGAAGAGCCUUGGGGUGUAUCGGAUCAGCGCGAGUCAAAAAUCGACAACGUCGUUGGCAUCAUCGAAGCGACAGGUUUCCAAGCGAACCUUGAUUACUUGCCUGAAUCGAUCAAGGAAGCUCUCGGGUACGACGCCAAGUGUCGACAAGUUCCUACGCUCUUUUCCCGCGGUUCGGUAUUCAAUCCCUCCAUACCAGAAAUGGCGUUUGUCGGGUUUUACCAAGGUCCCUAUUGGGGUUUUAUGGAAAUGCAGGCGCGGAUGGUAACCUCGAGAUGGAGUGGUAUAACCCAUGGAGAGGAAGGUUCGGGGUCAUCCAUCACUGACGUCCAAGAGAUGGAAGAUAUAAGGAAGAUGAUCAAGUCUCGGAUAAAUAACAUUCAGCAAUUCUGGAUGGGCGAUUACAUGGGAUUUAUGGAAGAAUUUUCUCGUAUGCUGGGGAUCCAGCGCAAUGACUCGGUGUUUGGCAGACAGGAAGGACCUUGUUUUGCGGCUAGGUAUGCUACUGAAGGAGGCGAAGCUGGAAAUAUUAUCCAAGAGCUACAGAUAGUGCUUGACGACUCAGAAAAAAAUGCGAGAUUCGUAGCAGUCGCAGCGUUUCGAGGGAUGCAGGGAAACUGGACGCUCCGACGGAAAAUUGACUCAAAGUCGCCAGCUGCCCCAGGAGGAACGCUUAAGGGUACCGCAGCGUUUCACCCCAGAAUCCCAAGUUCCCCAGAGUUUGCGGCGGAAUACCUAUAUAUAGAGCAGGGCACUUUUACUACGGAUAACGGUUACUCAUUCCCAGCGACGCGGCGAUACGUUUACCGUUACAAUGAAGCCUCAGAUAAGAUCACUGCUUGGUUCGUUAAAGAAGAUGGUGAAAGCGUCGAGAGGUUUUUUAAUCAGAUGGAAUUCCAAGAGUCAACCGAUAGCGGGAAGGGCUGGAUUGCCAAUGGAAGCCAUUGGUGCGAUCCAGAUACGUAUAAGAGCAGCAGCGAAUUCAGGUUCAGGGGCGCAGCUUUGGAUUGCUUUGGAAUCACGUACGAUGUCAGUGGGCCGAAGAAGGACUUCACCAUGGAGAGCUGGUAUCAGAGGCCUCUUCCCAGAUCCUUGGCUUAGGGUGGUGGUGUCGUGCUGGAAGAAAUGGG